UCUCUGCUAACCGACUCCACCACAAAUCAAACUCACCCAGCGCCCGGUGGAGAGAUAAAGGCAGAUGGGAAAGAGUGUGGCGUGCACGCACAGAAAGCCCUUACGACGCCAGUGGGCUGUAACGGAGAACGUCCAAUAGCGGCUAUCGGGGUGAAGCGAAAUGCGCUCUUUUUUUCCCCAUAGAGUAGGAAUAUGACAAGGCGUGUGAACAGGACGGGAGAUGAGCUUCACACAGUUUCGGAGACCCUUUUCUCCUUGUGAUCUUACCCAGUACGCCUUUGAGCCGCAGGGCUUCGGGCGUGUAGAGGACAGAAAGCGCACCGCUCAAAGCCGCUCCGGCUCAACUGCGGAUCGGAGAAUUUUUUUUCUGCCUGUAUCUUAUUAAAAUCUGCUGGAGUACUGUGUGCCAAGAGGAAUGGUGGCCGUCACCAUGAGGGUUCUUUCAGCGAACUUGUUUUCUCUGCUCCUCCUGUGCGCCCUCGCAAGUGUUUUCUACGUCUGGAGCGCACUGGAGGACCGUUUGGAGCGACACAAACGGAGGUUCUCAGUACCGGGUGCAGUGUCCUUUCACCAAGCUCUCCCAGUGGACCUUUCAGCCAAAACUUUCCGUGCAUUGCUUGCUGUCCCAGCGGCACAGAGACUACACUUUGGAGACAGACUGAAGACUCGCCUCAACCUCACCAAUCAACCUGUCUCUGCAGGAAAUCGAGAUUACAAUAUGAAUGGGGAUAACAAGAGGUCAGCCCCGCGGGAGGGCCCGGUCAAGUUGUCCCCAUUGGAAGACGGAAUAUUUUGGAACGAAUGGCUGGAAGAUACCCUUCCUGCGGGAUUCACGGAGGAAUAUGCUGUGGCUUGGCAAAAGAAAGCGAGGACGUACCGGGUGGUGAAGCUGGAGCCGGGAUGCGGCAGGAUAUCCAAUCAGCUCGCCACGUUUGCAGACGGGACCAAAGCUUGUGUGCGUUACGGGAUAAACGCUGACCAGGUGCAGGGUGAAACUUUGACUUACUACCUUGCACGUUUGCUUGGCAUCACAAACCUGCCCCCUCUCGUACUGUCCCAGCUGGACAGUGACAGUGAGCAAUGGGAAAGUGUGAGGACGCGGAUAGAUGGUUUACAGUGGAAUGACCGAGCCGUGGUUUCUCUAACUCAGUGGAUCUCCAACCUGACAGGGGUCAUCACACCUGCGCCGCUGAGACAGGAGAGCAGCGGGCUGCAUCCUGCGCUCAAGGGGCUCUGGAACAAGACAGCGGCGGAGCUGCUGGAGCUGAUGCAGUGGACAGACCUGAUCGUAUUAGACUACCUGACGGCAAACUUCGACAGGCUCGUCAGCAAUUUGUUUAGUCUGCAGUGGGACUCCCGUGUAAUGGAGAGAGACACGAACAAUCUCCUGAAAACCCCUCGCGGUGACCUCGUAUUCAUAGACAACGAGGCCGGAUUAGUGCACGGGUUUCGAGUGUUAAACAUGUGGGAGAAAUAUCACAAUACAGUCCUGAGCUCUGUGUGCGUGUUUAGAAAAAGGACCACGCAGCGCGUGGCAGAGCUGCACACGCGCAGAGACUCCAGGCAAAGGCUGCUGGAGCUCUACAGAGACAGCGAGCCUUUGUCUCAGGAAUUAGGAUUUCUCUCAGAUGAGCACGCCGGUGUUCUCCAGGACAGGAUAGACAGAUUAUAUAAACACAUUGUGCAUUGCAAAGGCAAGUACGGCCAGCUGUGAACAUUCAGCAUGCACAGGUGAUGGAUUUGUUGUCUGCCUGCACAGUAAUGAGCUUUGCAAACGCAGCUGGCACACCUGUGCUAAGCUGAUGCGCAUUACACAGAAAAAAAAUGUCUUGAAUAUCCAGCUGAACUACCUCCUGUGAAUAGAAUGUGUUUCCUAGUUUAUCAAUGAAUCAGUUUGACACGUUUAUAAGCUGAGAUGUUCACUGUUCGCCUCACUGUGAAGAAUGACCCUGUCUUUACUUCACCCCUCUGAUGUUCACCUGAAUAUGACUAAAUAUAAAGAGUAGACUAUGCGCGUUGGGUAUCAUAAACUACCCCUUCAUGUGCGGUUUGGAUUGUUGAUUUGUGUUCAAUAAUCCCAAUGAUAAACUCCUAAGCCUUAAUGUAAGUUGACUCUUGAAUAUUGUAUUUCUGUUGACGUUCAGCUCGCUUUUUUAGAGAAGAUCUUUUGCACACACAUUGCCAGCACCUGCACUCUUGUAAUUGUGUUUGGAUAGCGUACUUAGCCUUAAUUUCACAGGUGGAGCAUAUUCAUUUGUGCAUUUGUCUGAUGUAAAUACGGUCUGCCAACCUGUUUUGGAAAUUUGAUGCUAAACUAAUUUAAUGUGCUUUUUAACAUUCCAAAAAACUCUUGUUUUUGUUUUUUUUUAUAAAUAUGCUGUAAUUUAACUUCUCUGUUAAUGCGUAUUUUGUAUGCAGUUUGUUCUUAACUGCCUUAUUAGAACGCAUCAAAUAUUUACCUAUUUUGUGUGGAGUGCUGGUUUUUUUUUUUUCCUUUUUCCUUGUUUUUGAAGCCUCUGUUGCCUCCGUACUUUCCCAUACAGUGCUCUCAUUGUACUGUAGAAAUAUCUUGCACUGGCACACUUCCCCAGGAGCCAUUCUGUCAGCCACAGGCACGCUACAACAGGCGUCUCUAAUCCCCUUUAUAAUCUCACCCAGAAUGAUGAACUGAAGGAGACGACUGACAUUAUUUGACAUCAUUUGAAAAGGAAUUUGCUGUUCCCUAACUAUAUUAUGACAUUUCCUAGCUAUACCGUAUAUUGCAGAAUAUUUGUAUAUUCCAAUAUAAAUUGGUCAACCUA